AUGAAUUUCACUUCUGAGGAGUUUCGUGAUUCAGACGAAAUAUGGUUAACUGAAAAUGUUUUUUCUCAAUUAAAAGAUCAUGAAGCGGAAAUUAAGAAUCAAGAAAGUCUUAGUUUCCUUAAUCAAUUUGAUGUUCCUAAAAAUCCAAAACUUAUAGAAAAUUGUGAUUUCUCUGUUAAUUGUAUGAAAAACAUUUUUAAUUAUGAAAAAUCCAUUUUUUAUACUCAAGAACCGCAAAGGUAUUUUGAAAUUUGGAUGCCAUUUACUGACGCUGGCCAAAAAGAAAAUUCAUUUAAUUACCACAUAUGUGACAAUAAUUGGGAUAAAAUUCUAAUAUCUUCAAAUCUUUCAAAUACAGAAAUUUUUCCAACUUCAUCACUUUUUCAUUCUUCAAAUAAAAAAUUAAGGGAGCGUUUAUGUCGACAAAAUAAAGAAAAAUUACCAAAUGAUCCACCAUGCAUACGUUUACUACGAGAAAACAUUGAAAAAAUAAGAAAAUUGUUGAAGGAUGAACUUAAAAUUGAUUUAAUUGAUUCAAUCGAAAAGAAACCACGAAUUCAACACGAAUGUACUCUUUGCGAAAGAAAAUUUGUCCACGCUUCUGGUUUAGCUAGGCAUAUAGAAAAACAUGCAAUGGAUUUAAUACCUUCAACUAACUCCAAUAUGUGUUCGAAAACAAAUCAAUUGAGAGUGAUGAUCAAAUGUCUAGUAUGCGGAAGAUUAUUCUUUAAGACAAAAGACGCUACGGAUCAUCUUUUUAAUGAUCACCAAGAAAAUAAAACAUUGGACGAAUAUGAGAAUUUUUCAGAAGAUUUCACACACAAUGAAUUAUCUGAGGAAUUUGUAAAUGUUUUAAUCAACAUCGAAAACCAAAAACAUUUAAAAGCAGAUAAUAUUUUCAAAGAAGGAAAAUUUUUUGAAGUUCUUAUAAUGAAUGACGUUCUCCAGUGCGAGUUCUGUGAAUUUAUUUUUUCGGAUUGUUCCCAUCUUCUUUUGCAUUCAGCAUAUCAUGAUCCCAACUCUGGUUUUGAGUGCAUUUCUUGCGAAAUUAAAGUCCAAACAUCCAAAGAAAUUUUUUUACAUUGGCAAGCCGAAUGCGUAUUUGCCAGGGAACUUGUACGAGAAAACCUUACAAUAAAACGUUUCUAUGCUUGUAAUGUUUGUGAAAACAAAUUUUCUAGUUUAGAACAAUUGACAGAUCAUAGAUAUACAGCACUGCACUUUUUCCCGCGGCGAAAUCAUCGAUUAAAGGUUUUGCAGGUUGGAUGUGAAUAUUGUGGAUUCAUUUUUGAAAAAAUUGAACAAUUAGUAAUUCAUAGAGAGGAAAAGCAUUUGAGAAAACUAAUUGAAAAAAAAGGUGCUAAUAUUCUUCAAGGAAAUAACUUUGGAAUUAUUAGCCAAAAAUUUCGUCAGUACUUAUGUGAUAUAUGUGGUAAAUCGUAUACACAAUCUUCACAUUUAUGGCAACAUUUGCGUUUUCACCGAGGUGUUAAGCCUUUCGCAUGUCAGGAACCGAAUUGUAACAGAACUUUUACAAUUCGUCCUGAUUUAAAUGAUCAUAUAAGGAAAUGCCACACUGGAGAGAGACCGUACCAGUGUCAAGUAUGUGGAAAGAGAUUUUUAACUGGCAGUGUGUAUUAUCAGCAUCGUUUGAUUCAUCGUGGUGACCGACGAUAUGCUUGUGAAGAAUGUGGCAAAAGAUUUUACAGGGCCGAUGCUUUGAAGAAUCAUCAAAGAAUUCAUACGGGAGAGAAACCAUAUAGUUGUCUAUACUGUACGAAAAAUUUUAGACAACGGGGUGACUGUGAUAAACAUAUUCGCGCAAGACAUUCUAAUUUGGACGAAAAUGCGAAAAAUGUAUUAACUGCGUUAAAAAAAAGCCAAUUACCACAACUUAAAUACAAAGCAGAACUUGAAACCAAUACCUUUAUUGAUAAAAUUCCAUUUAUUUAA